AUGUCUAAAAUUGUGAAAGCUGUGGGACCAUUCCCUGCUUGGGUCCAAGAGCUAAGAAGAACAGGAUCGGCAACUUUGAGCAGGAAUGACACACUGAGACAACCACCUCCAGUUCAUGGAAGUAUAUCUGACGAGCUCUCGUGGCUUGCUCAUAGAGGUGCUGCUGAACUUCUCGGUCUUCCUUCACCGUCGUUCCGGUUGAGCCAUGUAAGAACGUCUGUAGAAGCUAUUUACGGGUACUGGCAUGGAAAGAUGAGUACUGUCAGAGGUCAGCCGAUGGCGAUGGCACAGUGUAUACAGGAUGAAAUGGAGUUCAAUAUGACCAAUAUUCCCAUUCUGCCCUCCUGUGAUCUUGGCCCACUCGACGACGAUUCGAAAUACACCUAUGCCGUUCUGCGCCCUCUAAUAGCGGACUUCAACAUGUACAUUUACGCGGUAGAGCUUCAAGACGCUUUGGACCGUAUAAAUGCUAUUGAUCCAACGAUACUCAAGGCCAGUGCUAAGGAGUCGGGAGCAGAAAUAGAGUGGAUAAGGCAGCUGGCCGGUCUCAUGGUGGAAGAAGCCAGGAUCACUUUGAGGUUAUUCUGGGCUGCUGGACCUGGUAAAGAACUGGUCAAAAUGAGCUUGAAUAAACCAUGGCAUGAAUCCACGAAUAUAGCUAGGGAAAUGCAUAUACACCUGAAUAAACCGUUAGAAGAAGUAGAAAAGGAUAGUCCGUUCGAUGCUGCUUUCGCUGCGGUGUGUCUGAAUCCUGAUGAAAGAGGGACAGGUUAUGGUACUUCAGAACUCACAAACAUCCUAGCACUGGAACAAGCUACCCUUGCAGAAACAGAGUUGAAGAAGAAGUAUCCAUAUGCUAUUCAGAUGGUAAUGGGUGAAUAUCUAAUGGCUUUAGAGCUCCUACACGAACUUCCACCUCCUACCUCACCUUCCGUCGAGCCCCAUCGACCCAAGACAUUUGCCGUCCGACUCAACGUAUCUCAAUCAGCUUCCACCCAGAUAUGUACAGCCUUAUCAUUCGUCCGAUCAAUGUGCGUACGCAGUACUGCUGUAGAGAAUUCGCCGCAACUAUGGGAAACCCACAGAGAGAUUCAAGGCAUAUUUGCUAGAGAAUUGAAAUUACCCAACGAAUUGAUAGAUAAGCUUUUUCCAUUUAUGAUUGAUAUACCUGAACCGAAGAGAUGGAAGCCCGUCAACGAUCAUAACCAACCGUUAGAAGGCAGCUUAGAGAAUGGAAAAGGCACAGAGAAAACUGGAGAGAAGAGGAAGAGGGAAACGUUCCAGGUGAAAAGGAAAGAAUACAAAUUGUGUAAACAGAUGUUCAGUGGAGAUGAUAUAGAUGUUACAUUGCCGGAAUUGAGCGGGUUGUUCCGUUCGAUUGGUUUCAUUAUCGAGAAGAUCGGAGGAUCCUUCAUUCGCUUUGCUCCACCAAAUAACGCUGGUAGCCCAUUUAUCGUCCGUGUGCCAGUCCAUGGCACAUUUUAUCGCGAUGGUGAAUUUCCAAUAGCGUUGGAGAAUAUACACCAUCUCGUUGUCGACCUUUUCGGAUGGGACCUCGAUUGGUUCACUCUCAAGACGGAUGCGGAAGAUGGGAAAAUCGAUGAGGACGGAUCGGACGAGGCGGACUAUGACGAUUUGCAUGGUGAGUGCAGGAAAGGGAUGUAUGUGUUCAAUAACAACGGGGAUAUCCUUUCAGAACCACAUUGA